AGUUUGUGAAUACCAAUAUCUCGGAGAUUUUGUUUAUUUAAGAGUCCUUAUAUUCAAGACGAUAAGAAAAGAAUUUCACAACGAUAAAGUUUUUUGGUGUUGAUAAUGGAAAGAGUUGGACCAUCCACAACAGUCAAGUACGAGUGUUUGCUUUUUGAUAUGGAUGAUACACUAUACCCCAUGAGCUUAGGUCUUAAUUCUGCUUGUCGCAAGAACAUUGAAGAAUUCAUGUUGACACACUUGAACAUAGAUGAAUGUGAAGUCCCCACUAUGUGCUUAGACUUGUAUAGAGAACACGGGACAACCAUGGCUGGUCUCAAGGCUCUUGGUUACAAGUUUGAUGAUGAUGAAUUUCAUGCAUUAGUUCAUGGAACCUUACCUUAUCACACUCUUAAACCCGAUCUGGUGCUAAGGAACAUUUUGCUAUCGAUGCCACAACGAAAAAUUAUUUUCACAAAUGCGGACAAAGCGCAUGCAGCUCAAGUCCUGAGUAGAAUGUGCUUAGAAGAUUGCUUUGAAGGAGUCAUAUGCUUUGAAACGCUUAAUAAUAAUCCAGUAGAAGAACCACAAUCAAUGAAAUGUAGCAUUAAUGAAACUGACGACAUUAAUAAGCUCAGCUCUGCAACUCGAAUCAUAUGCAAACCAGCUCUUGAAUCAUUCCAAGCCGCUGCUAUCAUUGCCAAUAUCGACCCUAACAAAACCAUUUUCUUUGAUGAUAGUAUCCGGAACAUUGCCACUGGAAAGGCCGCUGGAUUUCAUACUGUCAUCGUGGGAAGGUCAAGUCUUGUGCCAGGUGCAGAUCAUGCCUUACGAAGCAUCCACAAUAUGAGAGAAGCAUUGCCUGAAUUAUGGGAGUGUGAAGGAGAAGAAUAUACAGAACAAAUGAUGAUACAUUCUACUGCUGUGGAAACCGUUGUCAAAGCUUAGGAUGUAUAACUUUACAUCGAUACUUCAUAUGUAUGUUUAAGUUUUUACUUCAACUUUGUAUGCUUAAUAUUAAAUAUGCUCAGAAAACUGUCGAAAUAAAGGUGUUGCAACAUACAAGCCA